AUGCACCCCCCGGCCGGCGCCCUGGCCGUCCAAGAUGCCACCACCUCCCUAGCCACCGCCGUCGCCACCGUCGUCGCCUCGUCAUCGUCAUCAUCACCAUCCUCCUCCACCUCCUCCGCCGCCGACCUCGUCCAGACCGCCAUGGCCACGGCGACAGCGGCCCUCGUCGCCGCCAUCCCGACGUCCGACGCCGGCCCCACGUCCGACAACGAGUCGCAGGGCGAAUGCCGCCUGCUCGGCUCCUUUGCCCUGCUCGUCCAGGCCGCCCUCGGCGCCCUGGCCCUGCUGUCUCUGGUCUUCAAGCGCUGGCGCGAGAGGCCGCAGCGGCCCCUCAAGAUCUGGUCCUUUGACGUGUCAAAACAGGUCUUUGGCUCCGUCCUCGUCCACGCCGCAAACGUCUUCAUGUCCAUGUUGACCAGCGGCCGCUUCUCUAUCAAGCUCGAGCCCGCCGUCACCCAGCGCCUGCUCGUCCGCACCACCAACGACUCUUACGAGCCCAACCCUUGCUCCUUGUAUCUCCUCAACCUGGCCAUCGAUACUACCCUCGGCAUCCCCAUCCUCAUCAUCCUGCUGCGCAUCCUGACGGGCCUCGUGGCCAUGACGCCAAUGGGCAAGCCCCUCGAGUCCAUCCAGUCGGGCAACUACGGCAACCCGCCCAACGCAUUAUGGUGGCUUAAACAGUCCAUCAUCUACUUUGGCGGCCUCUUCGGCAUGAAGCUCUGCGUCCUCGUCAUCUUCCUCCUCUUCCCUUGGAUCUCAACCGUCGGCGACUGGGCCCUCGGGUGGACAGAAGGCAACGAGAGGCUGCAGAUUGCCUUUGUCAUGAUGAUCUUCCCCCUCAUCAUGAACGCCAUGCAAUACUACAUCAUUGACUCCCUCAUCAAGAAGAAGGAGACGGACCACGAGCCCUUGUCGUCCGAGGACCCGGACCAGGGCCACGCGCGCGGUACCCUGUUGGCAGACCACGCGUUCGAGAGCGAGAGCGAGAGCGAAGACUAUGACGUCGACGCCGGCGCCGGCAGCAACGCGCACAAUAACCGCGGCCACGACCACAGUCGGCCACGCAAGCCACAAGGCCGGGCUGCUCGCCUCGCAGCGGGUGGUGAGUACGACCCGGAAGUGGACGGCGACGCCCCGACCGUCAUCGGGAGCAGCUCCAGCCGCCGCAACGAAAGGAGCAAGGUUGUAUCUGCAGACCUGUUUCCCAAGGAAUAG